UCCUGCCCGACCUGAGGUUCCAGAACUCGCUUCGCAGUUGCCUCAGCACCAAGGAGAUCCAGUCUUGCUACCUAGCCAAGUCCAGUCAUGCUGGGUCAGGAAGAUGGAGACAGCAUCCUUCCUUUUGCCAAGUGUUCCAGAGUGGUCAGCCGAUUUUCACCCUGCAGCCUGCCUUCCCAGAAUAGCAAACCAAUGCCUCAGUCUUAUGGAGAGACCUUCUGGGAGAAUCUUAGUCAAAGGUCUAGCGCCAACUGGAUGGCAGAGCAGUACAUUCCACCAAUUCUGAGGGCCACUGGUUGCUCCCAGCCUGGCCUGCACCCUCUUGAGGGGCUCCCUCCUCCUGAGAAGCUUUGGAGAAGAAAGAGAAAGAAGCUGCAUUUGGAAAGAAUGCAAAAGGGCCCUGGAAGCAUUCCAGCCCGAGUUAGAGCAGUUACUUAUCAUCUGGAGGACCUGAGAAGGCGCCAGGGACUCAUCAAUGAACUGAAGAAGGCCCAGUGGGGCAGCUCUGAUGCUACACCUGAACUCCCUGUGCUUGAAGAGGGCUGUGAACUUCUCAGCACUACAAAAUACCUUGAUGUGGAAGAAGAGAGGGCAACCUAUCCACAAGAAGAAAAUUAUUUUAUCACUCCCAGGGAUCAGCUGCUUUGGUCUCCCUGGACUCUAGGCCAGCAGGAGACUUACACCUCUGGGCAGCUAAGCUCUCUGACCUACAGCACUGUUACAGCCAGAAAGAACCCCAUUUACAAUCCCCAGAGGAUGGAGUUGGAGUCUGAGGAGUAGUGGGAAAUCAUCCAGGCCCAAGCUACGGGACCCAAGACCAAUUCAAACAUCAAGACUCCCCAUUGCUGGCUUCAAGGCGGUUGUUUCCUCUCUCCUAACCCUAACUGUUGUCUCCAUCCCAUGGCGUAGGCAUUCACAGCCUAAUUGAGUUCCUGCCCAAUUGCCCUGUCCACUCACAGCCGGGUUUUUCUCUAGGCCAGACCCUCAUCUUGUGUUCUCUCUGUUCUGUUAUUAAAGAGCCCCAAGUUGUCUUGUU